AUGUUUACCAAAGUACCUGUAUUUCGAAACUUUCUCCGCACUACCAAGCCAGCCACAGUACCACGAAGAACCCUCAUGACUCUUCCAUCAUUUUCACUCGAAGGAAAGACUUGUGUAGUCACCGGCGCUGGAAGAGGAAUUGGAAAGGAAUGUCUUACUGCCUUUGCGCUGAGUGGUGCUCGCGGAGCUUGUGUUGACCUAUCUGGAUCUAUCGGUGAAAGAUCAAUCGAUCACAUCAAAUCCAGCAUUAAAACCUCGAACCUUUCCUACACUCCAGACCUUCGUCCUUAUGGAUGUAAUGUGGCAUCCGAAGAAGCAGUACAAGAAACAUGGGCAAAGAUCAUCGAGGAUUUCGGCCAUGUCGAUGUAGUUGUUACAGCUGCGGGUAUUGUUGAGAAUUUUGAGGCAGAGCGAUAUCCUUUUGAUAAGUGGAAGAGAAUGAUGGAUGUAAAUCUUAAUGGAAGUUUUUUGUUUGCCAGAGAAGCGGGGAAAUAUUGGAUUGAGAAGAAGUCCAAGGGAAGCUUGAUUUUGAUAUCAUCGAUGAGCAGCAUGAUUUGUGUGAAACCACAAAAGCAAGCGGCUUACAAUGCUUCCAAAGGGGCCGUCUCAAUGCUUGGUAAGAGUUUGGCGACAGAGGUCGUCGACGGUGGAUAUACCUGCUAUUAA